CAUCAGAAAUGGCGCGUGUUGUAUUUACUACGAUCGAUCGUUGAGAGUUUCGGUUGGUAAGGUCGAUAGUGCUUGGUUGUGCAAUAGAAGAGAUUUAAGUCGGUAUGAAUGAGCUUUCAAUCAACGCACAUUCCGCGCAAGCGUCCACGGGCUUAUUUGGUCUCCGCGCGGUGCUUCUGAUCGCAUUUAAGCGUGGUGCGAGUCGAGCGAUGAAGCUGAAACUGUCGGAAAACACGGAGCACUUCGGACGCAGUCGUAAAGCCAUGAAGAUCCUGUUGACGAUAGCCUGCUUGGUCGUCGUGGCCGCAACUUUCGAGGAUGACAGUCUCACGGUCACCGAUCAAGUGUACCUGGACAUUAUGAUAAACGAUCAUCCAGCAGGAAGGAUCGUUGUAGGAUUAUUCGGCAAUGUGGUCCCUAAGACUGCGCAGAAUUUCAUUACUUUAGCCACUACUGGAAUUGGAGGGAAAACGUACAAGGGUAGCACGUUUCAUCGAGUGAUCAAGAAAUUUAUGAUACAAGGCGGAGAUAUAGAAAAUGGCGACGGUACUGGAUCGAUCAGCAUCUAUGGGAAACACUUCGACGACGAGAAUUUCGACAUUGGUCACAAUGGUCCUAUGUACGUGAGCAUGGCAAAUGCUGGAAAGAAUACGAACGGUUGCCAGUUCUUUAUUACGACGAUAGCUACACCGUGGUUAGAUGGAAAGCACACUGUGUUCGGAAAGGUGAUCGAGGGCGAAGACGUAGUGUUUAAGAUCGAGCAGACGAAAACGGAUGCUGAUGAUGUGCCUACUAAACCUGUGGUUAUCUUCGCGUGCGGUUCUAUUCCUACACCGUCUCCAUUUAAAGUGGACGACAACAUUUACAAUAUCUGGGCGUGGAUAAAAGCAACAUCCGUGCCGUUGAGUUUCAGUUUUUCCGUUCUUGCCUUUUUUCACUACAUUAUGAAGAAAUUAGAUGUCUAAUUACGGUAUACGUCAUGCAAAUUCUGUGAGCUAUGAACAGAGAUAAUUACAAUUCAAAAGCCUUUGUAUCGUAAUUUUAUAAAUAACAAAAAGACGAAUAAAA